AUGCCAGUUUCUCUUGAGCAUGUGGACGCCUGUCUUCCAAUCUCGGCAUUGAAGAUUGUAUCAUGUGAAGAACGCCUCUUUAUUUUCCAGGGCCAAGGUCCCUUUUUCCGAGUCAUUGAGGAACAAACAGGCCGUCUCACAGCGCAAGUUCAAGCGUUCAAACGCAACCACGUGCACGGUUUUGUUACCUUCCCCUCUUUGAAGGUCUCCGAGGGGUCAUCUCAAUGCCAUUCUGUUGUGGUCUGGGGCGGAAAGUCUUUAAGAAUCAUCCAAUUUUCUUUCAGUGCCUCUGAUGGAGUCGAUUUGACAGCGUCCAGCGCCGAAUAUCUUGCUCCAGACUGGCUGAUGAGUGGAUGCGCUACGUUUGAAGAGCACACCGAAACGGUCUUUCUCGUCACCGCGAACAAUGCGCUCUUAAGGGCAAGCGCAGAAAGCGGUAGAUUUGCACAAUACAGCAAGAGAAUCAGAAUCGAACAGCUCACAACGAGUGUCAAAUGUAUCUUGUAUGCUGCGGAUUUGACUGCACUCUCUUCUUCUCAUAUCUUGAUCGCCUCGGGAACUGCCUUUGGAGAGAUCAUCGUCUGGUCAUGUUUCCUUACGGAUGUUGGCCAAGACGCAGAGAAGCCUAUUGCUUCGAUACAUCAUUAUUUUACAGGUCAUGAUGGAUCCGUGUUCGGGGUUCGCCUCUUUCCAAACAUCCCAUCGCUGAACGCCGGCCGCUCCGGAAGGCUUCUUGCUAGCUGCAGUGACGACAGAACCAUCAGAAUAUGGGACAUUACCGAAUGCGAAGCAAAAUCCCCGGGUGAUCCCUCGGCCUAUUCCACUGACGGGUUCGAGCUGAGAAGCACCGGUUAUGGAAGUGGUCUUGGCUCGGAGACGUGUGUGGCUAAAGCUUUUGGUCAUGCUGCGCGGAUUUGGGACGUCAAUCUCUGCACAUUCGACAACAAAGAGCCAACCCGCUUGAGUCUCGUCUCGAGAAGUGAGGACCGAAGCUGCAUUGUGUGGGAACUCAGUUGGGACACUUCACCGUCGGGGACUGCACGAUACGAUCUACGCGAGAUGUCUUCAGCCCAGCCUCACAUUGGAAAGCAUGUCUGGGGGCUCGACAUCUUCGACAAGGGUGAAGACGUGACGGUCUUCACAGGUGGUGCUGACGGUGCUUUGAAAAGUUUCAAAGUCAGGAAGCACGUCUUUCGCCCCUCACAAUAUAACCCGCCAACUCUGAACGAGUCCCUGACUCAUAAAAAGAUCGCUGGCUCGGAUGUACCGAGAAGCUUCGAUUUCAUCAGCGAUAACUGCAUUCUUUCUUGUUCCUUCCGAGGUGAAUUGCGCCUCGGAUGCGUUGGCCCGAGCGAUGACCUGUCCAUUGAAUGGGAGACGCUCUGUGUCUUUGAGGAUCUGCGGUCGUUCUCCAUCAUUACUGGCAUACCCGACAGGGGAAUCGCAUUGAUUGCCAGCUCGCAAGGUUUACUCCGCUUGUGUCACCACUCUUCGAGUUCUAUUAUAGAAUUAGUGUCUUUGGGCAAGCGACCUCGCAGUCUGACACUUAUUCAGGACAACGUGAAUUCCCAAGAGUGCUCAUUGGUCAUUGAUUAUUAUACGGGCGAGGACGCAGUUAUUUUGACCAUCACUCAAUGGAACACUGGCCUCCCGGAAGUUACAGUGGUACCUUUCAAACUGCCGAAAGCCCCUUAUAUCAUAACAGCAGCCUGCUUUGUGCGUGAGAACCAUUACCUGCUCCUCGGUUCUGAAUUGGGUGGCUUGGCAGUGUAUGGAACCUUGGGAUUGGGCCUGGGUUCCAGUCCUCUGGUGGACAUGAGACGAGUUCAUGGCCAUGAAGGUACAACCUCCAUACGUGAGAUCACGGCAGGUAAUAAUGCAGAGAAUUAUGUCUUGACAUGUGGUCGGGAUGGCCAAUACUGCUACCACAAUUUGACAAUCGAUUCGAAUCACCCGGAAAAAGUCUCACUGGAAACGCUUGAUCAGUCCUCGAGCAGUCUCGGUCAGGAUCUUUGGGGUACAUAUCUGGAAGACAAGAGCGGCGAUCUGAUGAUAUACGGAUUCCGGUCUCAGAACUUCGUGCUGAGAAACGAGACAAGACAUCAAGAUGUUAUCUCCAUUGCUUCUGGUGGUGCUCGGAGAAUCUGGUCGUUCCGAGCCGGCUCGGGAGACGAGUUGCCACUGUUCGUAUGGCUUGAAAAGCCAGAUCUGCAAGUUAUGCGCAUUGUACCGGAUGCGAAUCGUUCGAUCCGUGCCGGGGGACAUGGACGAGAGAUAAGAGCCAUGGACGGGAUAUGUAACGAUGAGGAGGGGGAGGCUUAUUUUGCAACUGGAGCCGAAGACACAGUUGUGCGCAUUUUUGCUGCGUCAAGGCAAACAAGCGAAAGUCCUUGGGGCUCUUUCAAAUGCCUGAAAGUAUUGGACAAGCAUCGAUCCGGAAUACAACAAGUGAGCUGGUCAAGGAAUGGUCAGUAUCUCUUCACCAGCGCUGGACUGGAAGAGUUCUUUGUGUGGAAAGUCCAAAAAGUGAGCUCUCUAGGCACGUGUGUCAAGCUGGUCUCGGAGAGUCCAAAGAGCGAGCCAGACUCCGAGCUGCGGGUUACCAGCUUUGACACUAUCGAAGUCAUGGAAUCUAGUGGCGAAAAAGGCUUCCUUGUGUGCCUGACACUCUCCAACUCAAUGAUCAGGAUCUUUCACUUCUCGCCAUAUGAGCAGCACCAGUUCACGCUGCUUGCUCAGGGACGCUAUAUGACCAAUUGCCUUACCCAAACCAGACUAUGGACCAGAGGAUCCUCGGUCAGCCUCGUGACGGCGGCAACGGAUGGCUUUUUCACUAUUUGGGAUUUGACAGACACGCUCGAUUCGUUCUAUGAGAUGACUUCGUCCACGCUCAAAGCGAGACGAUCCUCCAGGAGUUUCCUAAGCACGCCGAAGGAAAUUGCGUGCGAGACCAGAUACCAGGUGCAAUCCAACAGCGUCAAGGGCAUGGAGCUCGUGUCUCUUUCCGCGCAGGCUGCGGUUGUUUUGACCGCCGGUGACGACAGCUCAAUCACGGUCUCGCUGCUGAGGACUCCCUCUGAUGGUGACUCGGAAACGGUCGUGUCUACGCUUUCUAUCCCGGAUGCUCACGCGGCUUCGGCAACUGCAAUUCAAGUCUUGCAUUACGAUGAGAUUCCCUCACAGGCCACUACAGGUCUUGCGCGGGUUGUAUUUGCCUCUUCUGGCAAUGACCAUAGGCUUAAGUUUUGGUGUCUCAAAAUUGAUCUCGCGAAGCACUCUACGGAGGCUCUCGCUGUUGAGUUCCUGUUAGAUAGGUACAGCGCUGUAGCUGACAUUGCUGCUUUGACAUUCCUGCCCGGGAUACUUGGCCUCGCUUCUGAGCCAGGCCAUGCGGACUGUGUCAUACAGGGAAAUGUUGUGGUGGGCGGAGCGGGUAUGGAAAUGUUACGUUUCACAGGGUUUGGAUCAGAAGUCGGGGCGAGUUGA